AUGCGCUCUUCAGCUUUCUUGUCACUCGUUGCCCUUGCUGCUGAUACGCGAGCCGUCAAACUCCGUAAAACAGAGUUCAAUGUCCUGGUAUCAUCAAGGCCAGCGCUUAUCUUGUUUACAGCGGACGGUUGCAAGGAAUGCGAUAGAGUUCAAGCCGUUCUGGACAGGGUAUCUCCGGUACUCACCAAGACACCCAUUGCCUCAGUCAACUGCAACGACGAGCCAACUGUGUGCGAUGAUUCUCAGGUCUUCACUGUCCCUACCUUGAAGUAUACAAGCGGCAACAAUGAGUUGGUCACUUACAAAGAAGCAUUAGACGCAUCAUCGGUUGUCAAAUAUAUCGAGCGGCAAUUGGGUUCUCCCGUGGCAGAUCUUACCGAAGACAACCGACUCGAUUUUGCGUGGUCAUCUCGGGUAGCAGUCAUUGCUUUUCUUGGCUCAGACAAUCAGCCUGAACGCAAAAUCUUUGACGCCGUUGCCGAAAGAUGGCGAGCGCAUUACAGUUUUGGCAAUGUUGAUGGCCUUGGGAAAGAUAGUAAAGGUCCUUCCAUAUCGGUUUAUUCCCAAGAGGAGGAUGAUCCAGUCCACUACCGCGGGCCUUUCACCGUCCCUGACGUCGAGGCCUUCUUGCGAGCUGCGACCAAGCCGCGGAUUCGCGAAUAUGAUCCCAUCGUCCAUGAAGAAGCGACCAAGGAUGGGAAACCACUGGCCCAAAUAUUCUUCAGUAAUCGCGAUGAUCGGGCUGAGCUCGUCAAGUCUCUCGUUCCUAUUGCCAAGAAGUAUAAGGACCAGCUUUCCUUCAUGACAGUCCUUGCACCAGACUACCCCAAGAGAUGUGAGCAGAUGCAUCUCAGCAAGGACAUCAAACGUGGCUUCGCCAUCGCAAAUCAACAGGGCAGAGCAUAUCCCAUGCCUGAAAAGGUGUUCAACGCCAAUAGGGUCGCUAAACAUGUAGCUGCUUACCUGGCUGGCUCACUGACACCUAGCAUCAAGUCGGAACCAGUACCUGAGGGGUCGACUUCGCAGCCUUUCUUGACAAAGCUGGUGGGUAGUAGUUUCGACGACUUGGUUUUUGACAAGUCUAAAGAUGUUUUGGUUGAAUUUAACGUACCGUGGUGUCAAUACUGUACCGAUUUACAUGCUGUCAUGAAUGAGCUGGGAUCAAAAUAUGCAAAGUUUGGACUUUCUGACAAAGUCGCUCUCGCUUCUAUCAAUGUCGAUGGGAAUGAUGUCCCAAUUGAGAUAGACUCAUACCCGUCACUCCGAUUAUAUCGCGCUGGUACAAAUGAAAUUGUAUUUUUCAAGGGCAAUUUUACUGAAAUGUUAACUGUUGAGCAACUUGAUGCUUUUAUUGCUCAGAACGGAACUCAUGGAGUCAGUAUUAUACAUCAAAGCGAGAGCGGCCCUCAUGAUGAGCUAUAG